AUGGUCGACCGACACCUCCCCGAAAAGCACAACCCGCUCAUGGUUGAUGACAUCCCGGCUUACCACGAGCUCGUUGCGCGCAGACGCCUUGGACAGACUCAGCUUACCGCUAAGAUGGUCGCAGCCGGUGCUGCUGGCGAGGUCGAUCCCUCAUCACUGGGUGUCUUCGACUAUGCUCAUCUGCGCGCCCCCCUCCCCAAAGGCAUCCAGUCCGGUAUCUUCAAGUCGUCGCCCAACUCGUAUUUCCUCAUGCGCCGUAGCCAGGAUGGCUACGUUUCCGCGACUGGUAUGUUCAAGGCUACCUUUCCAUACGCCGAGGCUGCCGAAGAGGAGACCGAGAGAAAGUACAUCAAGUCUCUCGAGACUACUAGUCACGAGGAGACGGCUGGAAACGUCUGGAUCCCCCCGAAUGAGGCUUUGAAGCUGGCCGAAGAAUACAGGGUCGGCGCUUGGAUUAGCGCGUUACUCGACCCUGCCGAGAUUUCAGUCACGAAUGCGCCCGAUAGUCCACCGAAGCGAAUUCAGGCUCCUCCCAAGUAUGAUCUCCUCAAAUCGAGCCAGCUCAGCCUGGCGCCUCCUACCCCCUCCUCCGUUGCUCGAAGCACUCGUGGCCGCCGUUCUGCUAGUCCGGCCAAGGCGCGGCCAAUUGCAAGCCCAAGAAAGCGAGCAACAAAGGUCCGAGCUACACAACAGACAGUGUCUGAGACACCUUCCGUGAAGGAAGAGAGCGAACCCCCCGUCAACGGUGUUCUAGGAAGCGAGUCAGAGUCUACCAUCCCUACUGUGGAGGUUGACAUCAGUGAAAUCACCAAAGAGCCCGCAGUCGUUUUUUCCCCUGCAGAAGAGGAACAGAAGGUUCAAGUCAAGGUGGACCAAGAAGUCAAGGUAUUCCAGGGUGUAGAGACAACGAACACCAAAGUGGAACUCGAAUUGCCUGUAGGCGGCCAACCCCCUACCGCCGAGGAAACUGCCCAGAUGAUCGCACAGGCCAAGGAGUUGGUCGAGUCAGCCGCUGCUGAAGUUGGUGCAGCAUCCACAGAGACCAAAAGCAAGCGCAAGGCCGAAGAUAUCGCUGUAGGCGACGAAGAAGGCGAGAGUCGGGCCUUGGAACCUCGGGCCAAGAAGGUGAAGACAGAGGUCGAACUGAGGAAAGAGCGCGUGAGGAACCGAGCACUGGUUGGCCUAAGUGCCACUCUUGCAGUGGGCGCACUUAUUCCUUACAUCAUGGGCGUAUUCUGA